GGAACAUUAAGACCGAUACAAGCGAUUUUCACGUGAGAGUGAAACUAUUCUUCUGCCAACGGUUUCUUGCCUCCUUCUGAACCUCUGCUGCAGAUGCAUCUACUCAAUCGUGCAAAUCAAAACCAGACUUCGAAACGAAUGAAACCUGAUUCGCCUAAUGGACCACACGGCUUGAUUCAAGUCUUCCCCGGAGACCCUCGGAUUUUAGGGUUUGUAGAAAGAACAGGAAAAAUGUUUGCUGAACUUCCUUGGGACGUGCUUGGUGUCAUUUGCGAAAGACUAGAUUUUGACGAUCUCUUUCAAUUUUCUCGUGUCUGCACAAAUUGGAGGGAUUUUUAUAAAUCAAUAGAUAAAUCAAAUUUCUUGACAUCCCAAGAACCAUUACUUCUUGAGGCUUUGAAUUGUCCUCAUAAGGGACCAUGUUCCUUUAUUAGCCUACCCAAACAAAAAGUUUACCCCUUGAAGAAUAUGAUGAUGAACAUGAUGAGUUACUCCAAGUUCCCCUUUCCUAUUUAUAUUACCUAUUCUAGUGGUUAUUUCAUUAUUAUAGCAGAUAAUUCUUCAUUUCUGCUAAUCAAUCCAUUUACACGAGAAAAGAAGAAGGUAAUUUAUCCAUCCACCUUUAAAUUUAGUUACUCUCUUUAUAAGUACAAUGCCUUGCUUGCUUUUGACAAAUACUCCGAGGAAUUUGUGUUGGUGAUUUUAUGCAAAAAGUCUAAGAGUGUGUUUGGAUGAGGUAAUUAGAAAUUUUAAGGGAAUU